UAAGGCUCUCAAGCCCAUUCACUUAGCCGGAUACCUCCUUGUCCUUCAGCACCACUGCACUGCGUGUCUGUUCCCAAGCAUGUGAGGUCUGGCGGUUGGGCCUUGAGCAGUGUGACACAGCAGAUCAUGGAGUCAGAUGUGGAGUAGAUCCUCAGCAGAAAUGAUGCACAGAAACCUAGAUGGAAAUUCCGGAUCUUUUCAGUGAUUCGGAUCAUUUGACUCGGCUCACCACAACAUGUCCAUCGUGAAGAUCCAUGCCCGGGAGAUUUUUGAUUCCAGAGGGAAUCCGACUGUAGAAGUGGACCUUUACACAGAGAAAGGUCUGUUUCGAGCUGCUGUUCCUAGUGGAGCUUCCACUGGCAUCUAUGAAGCUCUGGAGUUAAGGGACAAUGAUAAAUCAUGCUAUCUGGGCAAAGGUGUCUCAAAGGCUGUUGAGCAUGUCAAUCAAACAAUUGCACCUGCACUGAUUGAACAGGGAAUCCCUGUAGUUGAGCAAGACAAGAUUGACCAGUUCAUGCUGGAGUUGGAUGGCACUGAUAACAAGUCUAAAUUUGGCGCCAAUGCCAUCCUGGGUGUAUCCCUGGCUGUGUGCAAGGCAGGAGCUGCAGAGAAAGGUGUCCCUUUGUACCGACAUAUUGCUGACCUUGCAGGCAACCCAGAGGUCAUCCUGCCAGUGCCGGCUUUCAAUGUGAUAAAUGGUGGCUCCCAUGCGGGCAAUAAGCUGGCAAUGCAGGAGUUCAUGAUCCUGCCAGUGGGAGCCAGUAGCUUUAAGGAGGCCAUGCGCAUCGGGGCUGAGGUCUACCACAACCUGAAAAACGUCAUUAAGGAGAAGUAUGGCAAGGAUGCCACCAAUGUAGGUGAUGAGGGCGGAUUUGCUCCAAAUAUCCUGGAGAAUAAGGAAGCUCUGGAGCUGCUAAAGACUGCCAUCAGCAAAGCAGGUUACUCCGAUGAAGUUGUCAUUGGCAUGGAUGUGGCAGCAUCAGAGUUUUACAGGGAUGGAAAAUAUGAUCUGGACUUCAAGUCACCUGAUGACCCCAGUCGUUACAUCACCUCUGAUGAACUUGCUGAUCUGUACAAGAGCUUUGUGCAGGAUUACCCUGUGGUGUCCAUUGAAGACCCAUUUGACCAGGAUGACUGGCAGGCCUGGGCCAGCUUUACAGGCACUACAGACAUUCAGGUAGUUGGGGACGACCUGACCGUGACUAACCCCAAACGCAUUUCCAAAGCAGUGGAGGAGAAGGCCUGCAACUGUCUGCUGCUCAAAGUGAACCAGAUUGGCUCUGUGACAGAGUCCCUGCAGGCCUGUAAGAUGGCUCAGUCCAGUGGCUGGGGUGUGAUGGUGAGCCACCGCUCAGGAGAGACUGAGGACACAUUCAUUGCUGACCUGGUGGUUGGCCUGUGCACUGGACAGAUCAAAACAGGAGCGCCCUGUCGUUCUGAGCGCCUGGCCAAGUACAACCAGAUCCUCAGAAUUGAAGAGGAACUGGGCGAUAAGGCUCAUUUUGCAGGGAGGAAGUUCAGGAACCCACUGAACUGAAACAGAGCUACUGACUAUCCUGCAGAUCCCUAUUAGGACAAUCUAACUCAUGCUUAGUGUCAGUAUAGAAAACUAAAGUGUACCUAUAUCUCUGACAAGAAAUAAUGGAAAUACUUCAUAAUGGAUAAACAAAUCUACUGAAGGAAUGUGAGCAGUAUUUAUGGUUGUUGAUAAAAUAUCAGUGCUGUGAACUUCGUUACUAACUUACCGAGAAUUGCAUUUAUAAAGAGUCAAGUAUAUGUCUGUGGUUUUAGAGUAUCCUGUGGCUGCAGCAGAUUAAAAAUAAACAUGACCUCAAAAACCUU